CAAAGAUUUGAGGUUAUGUCUAUUAUUGUCGCGUUGUGAUUGUCACAUUUUAUACAUUUCCGCUUUUGUAAAUUUGCAUUUUGUAGCUCUUAUAAUGAUUUGACAGUCUUAGUUAAAUAAUUAAUUAUUAUACCAAUUUACUAAUAUUUUAGUUCAAUAUAUUUUAAACUUAAUAAUUACUGAGAAAAACAAAAUGGUAAGCCAAAACUUUCCAGUUCUAAAAAACGACCGAAUUUUAAAAGCAGCAAAGGGCGAGAAACCUGAUAAAUUGCCGAUAUGGAUCAUGAGGCAAGCUGGAAGAUAUUUACCAGAGUUUAUGGAAUUCCGCAAAAAACAUUCCUUUUUUGAAAUCUGCCAAACACCAGAGCUAGCAUGUGAGGUUUCAUUAAUGCCUAUAAAGCGAUAUGAUCUAGAUGCAGCUAUUAUUUUUAGUGAUAUCCUGGUUAUUCCCCAAGCAUUAGGAAUGACAGUUGAAAUGAAAACAGGAGUGGGACCCGUUUUACCUGAGCCUCUGACUGUGGAUAAUUAUAAAAAUUUGAAAAAAGAAGGUGCUGUUUCUAGACUAAAAUAUGUAGGAGAAGCAAUAACCCUUACUAGACACAGAUUAGAGGGAAAAGUACCAUUGUUUGGAUUUUCAGGUGCUCCUUGGACGCUAAUGGGUUACAUGAUAGAGGGAGGUGGUUCAAAAACACUGAGCAAAGCCAAAAAAUGGUUGUACCAACACCCAGAGCUCUCUCACCAACUUCUACAACUAUUAACAGAAGUUAUUAUUGAAUAUUUAGUCAUGCAGAUAGAGCAUGGUGCACAAAUAGUUCAAGUGUUUGACAGUAGUGCUGAAUAUCUCAAUAAACAUUUAUACACCAAAUUUUGUUUGCCUUAUCUGAAGAAAAUUGCCACAGGAAUAAGGGAAGGAGUAAAAGGACUCAAAAUCGAGCAGGUGCCUUUGGUAUUAUUUGCAAAAGGUGCCCACUUUUGUUUAGAUGAACAAGCAACACUAGGAUAUGAUGUUCUGGGCAUUGAUUGGACUAUGAAGCCUGAAUCGGUCAGAACUACGCUAAAAGAUAAAAAUGUUUCCGUUCAGGGUAAUCUUGAUCCUUGUGCUCUCUAUGCUCCUAAAGAAGAAUUGAAGAAAUUGGUGAUCGAUAUGGUUAAGAAUUUUGGUACUGAUAGAUACAUAGUUAAUUUGGGACAUGGUAUUUAUCCAGAUGCCCCAGUUGAAAGUGUUCAAACUUUUAUUGAUACUAUUCAUUCUAUUGAUUUGUAAUUAAAAUAGUUUUGUUAUUGCCUUUAUUUACUGUUUAAAUAAAUUAUAACCAAGUAGUUACAGAUUUGUGU